AUGAAAGCAUUUGCACAUACACACAGAAACACAUCUUUUCAUUCUACCUCUCAUUCUAUCACUGUUUCCUUCUAUCUCUCUUUCAUUUUACCCCUUUUUCAUUCCAUCCCUUUUCCACUCUCUCUUUCAUUUUACCCCUUUUUCAUUCCAUCCCUUUUCCACUCUCUCUUUCAUUUUACCCCUUUUUCAUUCCAUCCCUUUUCCACUCUCUCUUUCAUUUUACCCCUUUUACAUUCCAUCCCUUUUCCACUCUCUCUUUCAUUUUACCCCUUUUUCAUUCCAUCCCUUUUCCACUCUCUCUUUUGUUCUAUCUUUCAUUGUAUCUUAUUUUCAUUCUAUCCCUAUUUCAUUCUAUUGCUCUUUCAUUCUAACCCAUUUUAUUCUAUUCUUCUUUUAUUGUAUUUGUUUCCUUCUGCCCCUAUUUCAUUCUCUCUCUACUUCAUUCUUUUUUCUUUCUUUCAUUCUCUUUCUCCUUCUCACUCCUCUUUUAUUCUAUCCAUUUUUUAUUGUAUCUCUUUCACUCUAUCUCUAUUCCAUUCUCUCUCCUUCACUCUCUCUCUCUCUCAUUCUACCUUCUUUCAUUCUUUCUUACUCUACCCUUCUUUCAUUCUAUGCCUAUUCCAUUCUAUCCCUCUUUUAUUGCAUCUAUUUCAUUCUAUUUCUCUUUCACUGUAUCUCUUUUAUUCUGUCCCUCUUUCAUUCAUUAUAUCUUGUCCAGUCUCUCUCAAUUACUAUUGA